AUGAUUUGGAUGUCUCAAGUAAUAUCUGCAGUAUAUUACAUGCAUACGCGUGGAAUUGUACAUCGCGAUCUCAAAUUGGAAAAUAUCGUCAUCUUUCCGGACGAAGGCAUCAUCAAAAUCAGUGAUUUCGGAUUCGCACGUAGCGUGAUACGAGGGGACGCCCUUUCCGAAACAUACUGCGGAUCGAAAUCAUAUUCUGCACCGGAAAUAUUGAAAGGCGAGCCAUAUGAUCCAUACAAAUCCGAUGUUUGGUCAGUUGGAGUGAUCGCAUUUGUGAUCGUGACAGACUGCAUGCCGUAUUGUGAAAAGCGUCAAAUCCACAAAUUGUGGAAGCACAGAGACUUCGAGCGUAUGAAUAUCCCGCUAAACUACAUCUCUCAGCCGAGUGUCGCUUCUCAAUUGACACCAUGA